CGGAGGGGGGGGUUGCUGCGCAUGCGCGCCGCGCUGCCCGCCCCUCGCCAGCAGCAGCAGGAGGAGGAGGCGGCGGUGGUGGUGAUUCUGGCUGUGGAGAGCGUGAGGCAGUGCGAGCGCCGCUGCCGCCCCUGUUAUCCGGGAGCCCCAGGUCCGGGCGGAGGAGGCGGGAGCGCCCCGGCGGCGGAGGGAGCCCGAGCGGUGGCAGCAGCAGCAGGAGGAGUCUGUGCCCGGCCCCCCCCUCCGCUCAGUCCCGUUACAGCCCCCUCCCUCCGCGCUCCGCAGCCACCAACAUGUCGGCGCCGGCGGCCAAAGUCAGUAAGAAGGAGCUGAACUCCAACCACGAUGGGGCCGACGAGACCUCAGAAAAAGAGCAACAGGAAGCAAUUGAACACAUUGAUGAAGUACAGAAUGAAAUAGACAGACUGAAUGAACAAGCCAGUGAGGAAAUUUUGAAAGUAGAACAGAAAUACAACAAACUCCGCCAACCAUUCUUCCAGAAGAGGUCAGAAUUGAUCGCCAAAAUCCCAAAUUUCUGGGUAACAACAUUUGUCAACCACCCACAAGUAUCUGCACUGCUGGGGGAAGAAGAUGAGGAGGCACUGCAUUAUUUGACCAGAGUUGAAGUGACAGAAUUUGAAGAUAUCAAAUCAGGUUACAGAAUAGAUUUUUAUUUUGAUGAGAAUCCAUACUUUGAAAAUAAAGUUCUCUCCAAAGAGUUUCACCUGAAUGAAAGUGGAGACCCAUCUUCAAAAUCAACUGAGAUCAAAUGGAAAUCUGGGAAGGAUCUGACAAAGCGUUCAAGCCAGACACAGAACAAAGCCAGUAGGAAGAGGCAGCACGAAGAGCCAGAAAGUUUCUUUACCUGGUUCACUGACCACUCUGAUGCAGGGGCUGAUGAACUAGGAGAAGUCAUCAAGGAUGACAUCUGGCCAAAUCCGUUGCAGUACUACUUGGUUCCUGAUAUGGAUGAUGAAGAAGGGGAGGGAGAGGAGGACGAUGACGAUGAUGAAGAGGAAGAAGGAUUGGAGGAUAUUGAUGAAGAAGGCGAUGAAGAUGAGGGGGAGGAAGAUGAAGAUGAUGAUGAGGGAGAGGAAGGAGAGGAGGAUGAAGGAGAAGAUGACUAAUUGAACACUGAUGGAUUCCAACCCCUCCUUUUUACCUUUUUAAUUUUUCUCCAGUCCCUGGGAGCAAGUUGCUGUCUUUUUUUUCUUGUGCUCAGUCGCCUUGUUCUCUUGAGGUCUCUUUUUCUCUCCUCUACACCAUGGCUCACAAUUUAUUUUGGGGGAAAUACCUUGAGCAGAAUACAGUGGAAAAGAAUCUACCAGUUUCUGUUUCAAGUUCCUUUUUAUCCCUUUCUGUCUCAAAACAAAAACUGUUUAUGGAAUCAACACACCAUGUUCUGUGGGAAAAAAGAAAACCUUCUGCUCCCUUCACUCUGCUGGAAGCUGAAGAGUGCUAGGCCCCUGUGUAGUAGUGCAUAGAAUCUAGCUUUUUUCCUUCUUUCUCUGUAUAUUGGGCUCAGAGAUUACACUGUGUCUCUAUGUGAAUAUGGACAGUUAGCAUUUACCAACAUGUAUCUGUCUACUUUCUCUUGUUUAAAAAAAAAUAAAAAAAUAAAAAAAAAAUGGGGUUAUAGAAGGUCAGCGGGGGUGGGUUUCAGAUGUUUGGGUGGGUUAAGUGGGCAUUUUGACAACAUGGCUUCUUCUCCUUUGGCAUGUUUAAUUGUGAUGUUUAACAAACAUCCUUGCAGUUUAAGAUGACACUUUUAAAAUAAAAUCUUCUCCUAAUGAUGACUUUGAGCCCUGCCACUUGAUGGAGAAUCAGCAGAACCUGUAGGAUCUUAUUUGGAAUUGACAUUCUCUAUUGUAAUUUUGUUCUUGUUUAUUUUUAAAUUCUUUUUUUUUUUUGUUUCACUGGAAAGGAAAGAAAGAUGCUCAGUUUUAAACGUUAAAGUGUACAAGUUGCUUUGUUACAAUAAAACUAAAUGUGUACACAAA